AGGAGAUUCGGACUGAGGAGACCUGCCGCCGCCAAAAGUCGCGCCAGUAUUUCACAAUCCUGCGUCUGACAGGGGCAUGUACGCGGACAAUAUCAAAGCAUCGGUCUCGUUAACGAACCUGGAUAUCUCCGAUCAGAGCCUCUUUGCUGCAGCCUUGCAUUUCUAGUUAGAGAGUUAUUGUCGGGAAAGGAGGGGGUUCGCUGCAGAUGCAGUGAAGAUUUUGUUGAUCUAGUAUUAUCUGUUGGCACAUCUCUUAGCUUUCUGCUAACCCAACGCCGGCGGCAUCUGCGCUGUUGAAUGAUUGCACUUCUCGCUUCCGCGUGGCAUAAUUCGAGUGCCUAAUUUGAAUUGAAACUAAAUAGCAAUGACCGACUCUCCGACUUCCGACCCCUGUCCAGUUCCAGAUCCCACUGUUGUGGAUCCAUCGGCUCGUAACGGGCAGUGCGCUCCCCCAGAUCACCACCCGCCCAAAAGAGCGAGUCAGGGAGACCCCUUCAAUAUGGAUCGGGACCAGGAGAUGAAAAUAAGCGACAGCGUGGAGGGCCAAGGCCUCCUGGAGAGCAGCAUGCGGCUGAAGCCUCACGAAGCCCAGAGCUACCGCAAGAAGGCAUUGUGGGUAUCCUGGAUCUCCAUUGUGGUCACGCUCAUUCUGGCGAUAGCUGCCUUCACUGUUUCCAUUAUGAGACACAGUGCGUCUGCCUUUGGAUUUGCUUUUGAUGCAACGUUGGACGUGCUGUCCUCUAUCAUUGUGCUGUGGCGCUAUAGCAACGCGGCGGCUGUGCACUCCGCCCACCGGGAGUACAUAGCGUGUGUCAUACUGGGGGUGGUGUUCAUCUUGUCCUCCAUGUGCAUUCUGGGAAAAGCCAUCCAUGACCUGGCCACCAAGCUUCUUCCUGAAGUGGAUGACUUCCUCUUUAGUGUGUCCAUCGUGAGCGGGAUCGUGUGUGUUGUCCUGGCUGUGCUGAAGUUCAUGCUGGGGAAGGUGCUGACCAGCAGAGCCCUCAUCACCGACGGUUUCAACUCCCUGGUUGGGGGGAUCAUGGGGUUCUCCAUCCUCAUCAGCGCCGAGGUUUUCCGGCACUACCAAACCGUCUGGUACCUAGACGGGACAACGGGGGUGCUGAUUGGCCUCAUCAUCCUGGCGUACGGAGUGAAGCUGCUGAUCGACAUGGUCCCCCGGGUGAGACAGACGCGGAACUACGAGAGGUUUGAGUGAGGGAACGCUCCUAAACGUGGGAGUGUGGUGCUUGGAGGGGUGGGGCCCUAUCCAAGCUCCACCCCCUCAGGCACACACCUGAUGAGAGACUCAGAGGACAAACACAGACCUUAAGGUGCCAGUGGUAUUUCAGUUCAAAGCAAGCCUUCUGUUUUUCACAGCAUCCCGCCCUCUUUCUGUACCCCCAGACCUUAGUGUUUCAAACAUAGUUCUGCACCCCAAAAGUGGGGAAGAGAAGGAGCAACUUCACCUGUCACUCUCCUCCCAGGAUGAACUGGGCGGAGUCUGGGAUCUGAGGUAAAUCACUACCUCGCCUCGGUGGUGGUCUCCAGCAGGGCAGUCCGGAUGUGACACUGCACCCUUUCAAUGAAAUACUUAGGCCUAUAGGCUGCAUUACAGGCUACACAUAUUUUUAUGGUGUUCUAGCCACUGUGAAAAUCAAUCCAUGAAACUGUCUGUGAAGAUUAUCCUGUGAAUAUUAUUGUUUGUGAUGGUUACUUUUUCCAGCAAAACAAGUGUCUCUUGCUUUCUUCCUCGUUGAGAGUCUAAGCUGACUUAUCUGCAUGGUCUCAGAAGUGGCCCAAAAUGUUGAGGUAACUAGUGAGUUUGACAAUUUUCUACUGAUUUUGCUGGAUGGACACCCUCGACAGAGGGGGAGAACAGUGUCUAGCCAGGCCUGUUCUGCUCUUUCCUUCACUGUAGUGUAGGAAUGAUGUCCUUAGAGAUAAUUGUGCUAAUGAUGUCAAGCAGCAUAUGGGGGAAACACUCAGUCACACAGCUGGGGACAGGGGUGCUGGUCGGCUUGCGUUGAGGUGUGUGUCAGGUGACAUCACCAGUGACAAAGAUAAGACACCCAUGGGCAGCUUUACAGCCUGUGCCCUCCAGAAAGAGAAAAAAUAAAAAAAAAAAAGCACAAAAUUGUAUAAGGAAGCAUAAACAAAGGCUGAUUGCCUGUUUAACAGCAAGGGCCAGCAAAGCAGGGUUAGUGAGGCUUUGACCUUCUUUAAAAAAAGUGGUAAAAUUCCAUCACCACCAACUGCACCCCCACCCACAAAAAAAAAAAAAAAAAAAAGAAGAAAAGGGAAAAAGCAGUGGGUUGGAGCCCAUUGUGAAUUUUGGCUUCUGAGCAAAGCACAAAUUAUUGAUAGCAAGGUGAAACUAUCUCGCGUCGCCAAAAUGAAAAACACAAUUACCAUUGAAACCCUGAACCCACACAAAAAUCAUUGUUUGUGCUUUCCCCAUUCAGAGUAACACACGUAGGAGUAAUGAAAUUUAAGAAUUUCUUUUGUUUUGGCUUUGCAGUGUCUAAAAUCUAUUAGUGUUUUUUUUCCCCACCCUCAUCGGCUCUGUUGUAUACACUGUUUCCAUUAGGUCGCAGGGAACGACUAGACAAACCCAAUAACGUUUUCUGUCCACGUCGGUCUCUGUGAUGCCUUGAGACCUAGAAACAAGGAUCACGUGUUUACAACGUCAACGCGUUUAUCAAUGCCAUUUAGCAUGCUAAUUUGUGAAAACAAAAAGUGUAGUUUCUCUCCCUUAAGAAAUGGCAGCGUCAGAUUAAAUUUGUCUGGUGUUUGGCUGUAUUUUUAAAGAGUUGUUCUUUAGGCUUCCGUGUUGAAUUACAGCAAAUGCAUCCAAUUAUCGCACCUCUGACGAGGCGUCACAGACUGCCAAAAGAAGAGUAGGCAUUUAGAAUUGAAGCACGUCCUUUUCACAGCCAUUUCCUCCAAACACACUAACCAGAGUGAAAUAUCUUUUCCUUCCCUGAACUCAUUUGCCCUAUAAUUUUACCAUCUCUAAUUCAAAAUAAGAAAAACACAUCUGAUUGUACGUAAUUUAACAAGACGAAUUCUCCAGAUUACAAAACGGAUAAAUGAUUUUAGUUUGCGUUAGCCACUCUUUGCCUCUUCAUAUUGUCCUGUCAUUCUUUUGAAGACGUUGUGUUACUCUAAUGGGUAAAACACACUGAAUGCAAAGCAAUAAUUGAAUUAAUAAAGUAAUUAAUGAAUUAAGCAAGGCCUUUAGCACAAGUAAGUUUUCACUGAUAGUACAUAUAAAUCUGCAUAACUUCAGACCGACAGUGAACAAACUGUGGUCAAAACAUUAAAGCAUUCUGAACUGCAGUCAAAGCCAAAAGGGGAUUAUCACUCCAAAACCAAUAAUGGAUAUGUUGUUUCUUACCUUAAGUACAGUUGUUGUGAAAAACAGCAUGUUCAUUUUCCAAUAUGGAGCGGAAAUGCCCUUUAAGAGGUUCUAGUAGUGGACCAACCUAAGUAAAUGCAAACAUGGGUGGUGGUUCCAUUAACAGAAAUAAACAUGUUCCAAAUUUACAGGGAGGGCUCAAUGCCCUUUUAGUAAAACAUUCAUACAACCUCUGUUAUUAUUUAUGAAUCUGAUACCAGCACCUUUUGUAUAUACGUUAAUUACUGUACAUAUCGUCUGUGAAAUAUCGUUUAUAUCGGCAUUGUGAGUUAAAGCAGACGCCUGUGAAAUUAAGUGAACGAUAGCAAACGGCCAUCGCAGAUGAAGAUUCUUGUUAUUCUUCGAAUGAUGUUUUACAUUAGUGUUUGAAAUAUUACUGUAAACCUUGAUCGUAUAGCUAUACCGUGUAGAAAAUGUACUGUGGAGUGAGAGUGAGCAAAUACCGUAAAAGCAAACAUUUUCUCUUUGCCAGGAAACACGUGAAUGUGACCCGUAGGCACUAUCCUUUCAGCUCACAAACAGAACAAGGAAUUUCACCCAUACUCCUCUGUUUUCAGUCAGUCUUUCGAUGUCCUGUCUCUGACGCCUGUUAAAGCUGACAGCACGGUAUUUCGGAAAGCAGGAGAGGCGUGUCCACAUCCUGAGUACAAGUUGUGAUUUGCGUUCCAUAAAAAAUAUACAAACUGACAGAAUCAAAGCACAGUUUGGGGUCAGAAUGGACAGCCUCCCGUAUCCAUUACUAGUAAAAAAGUAACCUUUCCACUAUGCUGAAGGCAAUCCUAGAGGUGUGAGGAAUCAGCUUUAAUAUAAUAUCAUCACUGAGGUUUUAGGGGCAUUGAUUUUAAAAAUCUUUCAAAAGGUUUAUGUCAGCAUGUAUGUUUGGGAACUCAUGCAUACCAUUCAUAUAAACUCAUCUAUACUGAUAAAUUGUCCAUAAACAGUAUAAAUGAAAGGCAUUUUGGGCAUGCAUAUGCAUUAUACAGUGUUUGUAUAAUGAACACACUAUAGCUGGUAGCACUAAUGAUUCAGUGUUACUAGUUCCACUGUAAUGGUUUGAAACUACUACUAUGCUGUAUAUACAGUCGUGCAUUUUUUUUAAAAUAUUGCACUGCAUUAAACUUUUUUUUAUCACAAAAAACAUAAUUCAAAUGAGUCUUAGACAUCCAGGCCAUUUUGUGACAUGCAUCUGUAUGUGUACAUCCACUAGAGAAAGCUGGGGGAUUCCUUAUAUGUCGUUUGAGAUGUGAGCCCGGUGGAUAUUUUCACAGUGCUGUCCUCUCUCUGGUACUGUUGAACUGGCUGACUUACGUUAGCUGGUUCCUUGUUUUAAACACUGGAUACAAGUAGCACAAGGCAGAGUAUACACGCUCACGCAGGCACACGUGCACACACACAAGCAUGCGCACACGC